CACCAUCUUCAUCAAUAGCGCUACACCCAUGCGCGUGAUGCUUGUCAGAUGGCACCUCCCUCUCAAUCUCCACCUUCACGGCUGCGAGCCGGACAUCUUGAAAGAGCAGAAGGAGGUAUCAAGCGCCGUGUCCGGACUAGGCAAGCAUGCGAGUCCUGUCGGCGUCGCCGUAGGAAGUGUAAUGGCCGUCUUCCCUGCGCGCAAUGCAUUGGCUACUCUUAUCCUUGCCAAUAUCUUAGCGGCGCACCCGGCAACGUCGAGGAACAGACAUCAAGGCUCGAAAGUGAUAACAGCAAAACUACUGAUCUCAAUCAACUUCAUGUUGGCACGCAUGAAGUCGCGGAAGCAUCAGGAUCUGUUCGACUAUCGCAGCAAUCGAACAAUGAUGGUCCCGAGAAGGGACCUGAAAAUCAUGAGAUUAGGUCAGCCAAAUUUCGGCCGACUGUGGACACAGUGAAGGGUCGAUACUCAAAUGCUCAUAGCAGCAUUCUCCUUCCUCGCAGGCUGGGCCGGACCAUGAACUUAUCAAAGCACAUACGCUUCCAUUCUUAUGGGUGGAACGUCAACACGCGACUUGAGCCGACGGCGUUCAUCGCACCGGCUGUGUGUCGACUGCUCACAUUCCAAGAUCUGUCUUUCUACAGCCACAUCUUCUUCGAAUUGGUGGAUCCAAUUUAUCAUUUCAUCGAUCAGCAGAAAUUCCUUGACCAAUGUGCCCAAUACUGGACGGCAAAGAAAGACCUCCUCCAAGAUAUCGAAGCAGUUGUCUGUGGAGUCGUGGCACUCGGAUCAUUUUUUGCCGACAAACCGUCUCCAGUCGAAAGCUCGCUAGUCGAGCAUGCCAAACAGGUCUUGGAUAUCGGAUGCGCAUAUGCACCUGGAAGAGUAUCUUUGACGCAGAUAGCCGGCUGGGCUCUACGCACGUUAUACCUAAGAUUGACUACACGCCCACAUCUAUCAUGGUACUCAUCCUGUUCCACGAUGCAUGUCGCCGAGGCGAUUGGUCUCCACGUGAACCUGGAAGAUGUUGAAAUCAUCACCGGGGACUCGACAGAAUUUAUCCCAGAGCUCACCUCAUCACGCUCAGACCUGUUUGAAUGCGCUGUCUUCAUCAACAUGAUCAUAUCUGCGGAAUAUGGCCGCUCUCGAGUUAUUCUGCAAGGUGGAACAGAACCCAAGUUCGAGUCAACUUCCAAAUUGGCGAAAUUGACCGCCAUCAUGGUCCGAAUAGAGUCCUCCUUGACUCAAGAAGCGAGAAUGAACAUACUGUCAACCCUUCAAGAUCUACCUGGAGAACCUAUGAUCUUCAUUCUCCUGAAAACUGAUGUCACCAUACACCUGUUCCGCAGACAUUUGCAUUUAUACCAGGACACGCUGGGGUUGCCGGAAAGCACGAUCUUGCUAUCAAUUAUAAAGACUGGGCUCUCUGCCAUACGUAGUCUUGUACCCCAACGGCAGGCGUGGUGGAACGUCUCUUGUCAACACCGUUCCAGUCGCUGAUGGUUCUUUUGGCAAUGGACACGGACGACAGCUUAUCGAUGGUUGAAGAGACAUUCUCAGUCUUGAGCCUUGUCUACAACACGUUCCCUACUCACCUUGCAGGCGAGGUUGUUCAAACAGCGCAGACUCUUAUACAAGGACUCCAGAAGCGUAAGACGAGGCAAGCAGAAAUGUUGAAUAAAGCAUACACCAAUAAUCAGUCGACCAUCGAAACACCGUCUUGUUACAACUCAUCAUCUGGACUUGGUCAGGCUGUAGAUCAGGCAGAGGUAUUAUUCGACAGUUGGCUAGCAGGGGAGGCAAGCUGGAGUUGGCUACCCACUGACACCAUUUUCGAGCAAACAUUUGAUGCGAAUGCCGAUGCAUUUGGUCUCGGCUGAGCGAACACCGUACAGUACUUCGUGAGUACUAAGGUACCUAGGUACGUACUCUCAACCUGAUGCCAACCAUGCCAUGCGCCAGCUCAACCCGAAUUCAUCCCAAAUUCCUACCAAGUGCAUCCUAAAUCCAUCCCAACAGUGGAACCAAAAUGGCCCUCAGCAUAUAUACUAAGGUAUCUUACGGAGUACGUGGCGUAGUACUACAGUAAAGGGUCCAGCCCGCUCAAUUACCAGGUAAUCUCAGCAUGCCUCAACAACUCCUUCAUCACAGGUCCAAUCUCACCAGGAUGCACCGGCACCACAAUACCCGCAUCCUGCAUCGCCUUGACCUUAUCCUCGGCCGUCACGCUGCUCCCACCACCUGCGAUCGCGCCCGCAUGACCCAUGGUCCUCCCCUUCGGCGCCGUACGGCCCGUGACCAUACCCACCACCGGCUUCGGCUUGCGCCCGGCCUUGAUCUCCCCUUCGCGAUACUGCUUCAAUAACGCCGCCGCUCUGAUCUCAGCGUCCCCACCGAUCUCGCCCAGCAACACAAUUCCCUUCGUUGCGGGGUCCUCAAUCAUAGCAGUCACCGCAUCCAAUAGACUCGUGCCUGGCAACAGAUCGCCCCCUACGCCAACGCAAAGGGACUGGCCGAGCCCAGCUUUCGUGGUCGACCCCACAGCCUCGUAUGACAACGUCCCUGACUUCGAUGCGAUGCCCACGAUGCCCGGCGCGUACUGUAGAUGAGGCAUGAUGCCAAUCUUGCAAGCGUUCACGGGCGAGAUGAUGCCCGGACAAUUGGGCCCAACGAGUCUCGACUUCGAUUGUGUGCGCAACACUUCCUGCACCCGCAGCAUAUCGUGCACGGGGAUGUGCUCGGCCACAGAAACGAUCAGGGGAACUUCGGCUUCGAUGGAUUCGAUGAUGGCAUCUGCGGCGAAUUGCGCGGGAAUAAACACCGCGCUUGCAUCGGGCUUGAUCUCAUCGACUGCUUGGCGGACGGUGCUGAAUACCGGGAGACUCGCGAGGCUGGCAUCGGUGUGCUUGCCUGAGCUGGACUUCUGGGACCGUGAGACGCCGCCGACGAUGUUCGUUCCAUAUUUGAUAGCCUCUACGGCGUUCCUGCUGGCCUGUGUGGUGUCAUAAAAGUGUUAAGAUUGUCCUUUGCGUAGAACUGCAUUGAAGACAUGGAAGACGAUUGGGGGCUUCAUUCGAGAAACACAUACCGCACGGCCGGUGAAACCCUGAUACAUAACGCGGGUGUUCUGAUUGAUUGCGAGAUUGGGGAUGGAUUCAUUGUAGGAAGCAACUCUGCGUGAUGAGCUGCGGAAUGGGCGACUCUGCUGCCGAGUUGCCAAGACGGAUGUGGAUGCUCGUGGCUCCUUCAGAAUGCUGCUGGAGAAGGACGAGGUAGAAAAAGCUCUGAGCGCUUUCCGGCCGAUCGACACAUUCGAGGGGACAUAGUUGUUUGGCGGAGACUUUUGCGCUGCUUGAGAAGUGGAAGAGUCCUGGGUUCUCGUCGUCGCUCGGUUGGAAAGCUCAAUGGCCUUCUUGACAGCACCAUCAAACUCAGACUCGGCGAAGAGUUUCAGGCCCGACUUUGCGAUCUAAAGACGGUCAAUCACCACUGCUAACGGGUUCAAAGAGUGAGAUGACGAACCAUCUGUUGACCUUGCUCGGCGUUGGUGCCCUGCAAACGCACCACGACCGGCACGUCUCCGAAAUGCUGAGCGGCGGCAAUGACGGCCUCGGCGAUCAUAUCGCAGCGAAUGAUACCUGCACGCGCCAGACAGUCAGAUCAUCCCCGUUCCUACCCCAUGGUUCGUUCCACGUGGUACUCACCUCCAUAGAUGUUGACCAAUAUCGUGUUGACAUUCUGGUCGCUCAGGAUGAGUUCGAAAGCCUUGACCAUCCGGGCGACAUCUGCCUGACCUCCGCCGUCCAGGAAAUUGGCACAUUUCCCACCGAAAUGAGCGACGGCAUCAUUGGUGGCCAUCGCCAGACCCGCGCCGUUCACGAGGCACCCGAUACUGCCCUCGAGCUGGAUAUACACCAGCCCGUGCUUCUCGGCUUCGAGCUCUAUAGGCUUUUCUUGAGACAAGUCUCUAAGCUGGAAAACCUCGCCUUGUCGGUGCGCUGCGGCAUUGUCGACUGUCAAUUUGGUGUCGGCACACAUGAGCUGGCGGCUCUUGCGGUUUUGAACCAAAGGAUUGAUCUCCAGAAGGGUGGCGUCGC